AUGGCGGAUCAAAACAGAAUUAGUAAAAUGGAUGCUUUACUAUUUGCGAUAAAUUUAGAAGUGGCAAUUUUGCAACUCCGUCUUGUUGAGAGCUGUGCGAAGUACAAUGAACUCUACAAUAAAGCUUCUGACACUAGGAAAAGCCAUAAGCGGAACAAGCUUUCUAAAGAACGGCUUUUAGUAAAAGAUGUAUUGAGAAGAACUCUUCUGAAGCUUUUAAGUGAAGGAGAAGCAGCAGCCCUUAAAGAAUCUGUGUUUUUGCUUCAAAAAAGUGCAAUAUAUGAUGUUCAACUUAGAAGAUCUAAUGAGGAAUUAAAAUAUAAGAUAGAAGAACUAAGUACGGAGUUAAUAAAAAUGCGCCUAGAAUCAACAGAGAAUGUAGACAACUGUGAACGGAAUAUUUCAUUGUUGAAAGAUAAAAUUAAGGAUACACUAUUAAAUACAAAUAUGCAACUAAACUACGUGGAUAAAUGGUUGUUCGCACGUGCCGAGUCGCUGGAUUUAGAACAUCGAAUAGAACUGCCUCCGCCUCCUCGUGUGGACUUCGAAAAACGAGUACACGAGCAAGUAAUCAAGCUAUAUGAACUACAGAUAAAGGAACGAGAGGCAUCACUAGAAUACUGGAGAUCGAGGUAUAAUAAAGACAUUGCUGAUAUAAAAGAGAAUGUAAAGUUACAAUGCGAAAAGUUAAAGGAGGCUGUUGAUCGGAGAACGGAGUUGCAAAAACUGUACGAUUUGCACGAGGGAGAAAUGCGCGCAUGGCUGACUUUCAAACAGGAGCGUUCGGCGCGACUUGCUCGAGAGGAACGCUCGCGCGUCGCAGCCACGCGCAUUCAAGCGUGGUGGCGUGGUGUCAUGGUGCGCCGAAUUCUUGGUAAUUUGGAUUUUACCGCUGUCCGAUUUGAAUGUGACAAACAGCUAUGUGGUUGA